AAAUAUGAUCAUGUGGGAAAACACUGCACAGAAUACAUGAUCACAGUGUCAUGUCUGGUGACGUAUCGGCGUUGGAAGUGGUAACGGUGGUCGGAAGGGCGGUGUGCGCAGGCGCGGCGCUGACAGCCGCACUCUACUUGAUCCGCAGAGUGUGUUUAAUAAUGGCGUGGAAAUCCGGAGGAGCGAGUCACGCAGAGCUCGUCAACAACCUCCGCAAGAAUGGGAUCAUUAAAUCGGACCGCGUAUAUGAAGUUAUGUUGGCUACAGAUCGUGCCCAUUUCUCCAGAUGUAAUCCAUAUAUGGACUCGCCUCAAUCUAUAGGUUACCAAGCAACAAUCAGUGCACCACAUAUGCACGCAUACGCGCUGGAGCUCCUCCAUGAUCACCUGUACGAGGGAGCAAAGGCUCUAGAUGUGGGAUCAGGCUCAGGAAUCCUAUCUGUCUGCUUCGCCAGAAUGGUUGGUCCAAGAGGGAAGGUGAUUGGCAUUGAUCAUAUAAAGGAACUAGUGGAAGAAUCCAUAACUAAUGUUAAGAAAGACGACCCUAGUUUGAUCUCUUCAGGGAGGGUCAAACUCAUCGUUGGAGAUGGAAGAAUGGGCCAUACAGAGGAAGCUCCCUAUGAUGCCAUACAUGUCGGAGCUGCAGCUCCCACCGUGCCACAAGCAUUGUUGGACCAGCUGAAGCCAGGUGGGCGUCUGAUUCUGCCAGUCGGGCCAGCAGGAGGAAACCAGAUGUUGGAGCAGUAUGACAAACUAGAGGAUGGCAGCACCAAAAUGAAGCCACUGAUGGGCGUGAUUUAUGUGCCUUUAACAGACAAAGACAAGCAGUGGUCCAGGUGGAAGUGACUUCCUGUCUGUCCUCUGUCUCCUCUUUCUUCUAGGGCGCAGGGAUGAACUUUGAAAGGAUGAUCUGGCAAUACUCAUCACACCCCAAGCGUGCGCAUACACACACAUACACAUCCAUCUGGACUUCACCAAGGAGAGAGCCUGUAUAAAUGCUCUAUUUCCAUACCUGUGAAAGGUGGAUGUAGAAAGCAGAUUAUUUUAUUUAAAAAGGAAAAAAGUGGAAUAGGGCUUUGUGUUGACAUGUUCAUGCAUGCAGUUUGAGGAUUGCGUGAAUGCAGUGUGAUUUUCUUUUUUUUUUUUUUUUUUUUUUUUUUGGACACGCAGGUGCACAUUUCUUGUGAUGACUUCAGUAUUACAUUCAAUUGGAUUGUUUUCUUAAUGCAUCUCCGCUUACUGUAAACUGAAUAUGCGGGUUGGCUGUUGUGCUGAAUCCAGCCAGUUAUUAAAGCAUAAUUCACUGCUACUGUACAUUUUGUGUAGGGCUGUCUUUGCUCUACAUAUCAACGUUAACAGUAAUGGCUUGUGUUUUCAGCAAAAGCAUGUGCUGCCAAGGCAGAAUAAACCACGUGAGAAACAACUUUACAUUUGAUAAUUUCAGAUGAGAGUUCUAAAGCAAUAAGCCACGAGAGGCCAUGUGUUACAGUUGUUUUACCAUGACAAUGUAGUGCUCUUAAGCACAGUGAGAAGUGACUCCAAAAAAAAAAAAAAACUGUAAUCAGUUUACUUCACUGAUUACUUCAGCAAAAAAUUUAAUCACAUUACUAAUUACUUUAAAGUUACUUUCUGAAACAUUUUUUCACAGAAAAGUUUUUCCGCUCAACAACUGGAAAUAUAUCUAUAGUUCCUGCUUAUUCAUUGUCACAUGUGGUCACACACUCAGCACCUUUAUUUGGGGCCACACAUCUGCUGACAGAACCGCAUGAACAAAAUUCAUAAAUGUAUUCUACAUAAUAUUUUAUUAAUGUGUAACCUAAGGAGUGUACUUAAAAGUAAGGAACUUCAUUGAAUGUAAUUUGAUUACAAUAAUUUAAAAUGAUAUGUUACACUACGUGUUGACUUUAAAAGUAAUUUGAUUACAGUCACUAAUUACUUUGUAAUCAGAUUACACCCAACACUGAUCAUGGUAAAAUCGCACAGCCUUGAAUGGCUUAGAAAGGGAUAAUACAGUCAGCUGGUAGUGUAAAAUAAAUGUUGUAUGGGUGAUCGGUAAUGGGUUCUUGUAUCACCCUGACGGGGUUUAAUUUGCGAUAAAGUCCGGCUAACUGCACAUUAUUCUGCUUAUUACACAGUUUACCAAAUACAUACAUAAAUGGACCUUAAAUGUUGAUUUGAGUUCAGUUGUUGUCAUGAGAGUAGAAAGAGUGCAAAGUGAUAUGAGAGCCAUAAAACUAGAACAGCUACAUAGAAAAUCACUCGGCUGUUUGCAGCGGUCACUUUUAUAGAGAAAUAUUUGACCGUACAAUGCCGUCAUUGACCAGUCCAAAUCUACUAUUUCAGAAAGUUAUUUAAUAAUUGCUUUUAUAAAAUGGCAGCAACAGCAAAAUGAUAAAAGACACUAUUGUUCCAAAAAUAGUUAUAUUUACUAAUAUAAAUAAUUGGAAUAAACAGUUCUUGCACCAAGAAACAUUGGCCUAACUGUUGGCUGUUUAGAGCUGCCAAGCGACAAAGCAAUUUGGUGCAUUACUAUAGAAUGUGUGUACUAUAGAAUACGGUAUUUAUCAGUAAUUAACAACAUCCCUGAACGCAGCUCAUCCAAUCAGAUUUCAGAAAUGUCUGCUUGAACAAUUUGAAAUUGAAGAACACUGUAAAACACCAAUAAAGCAGAGCUGGGUCUACAUUUGCAGAACAAGUUUUGCAGUAGUUCAAAUGACUGAUCUGAUUAAGCUAUAUACCAGUAUCCAUCUCCCACUCACAUGUGCAGCAGAUAUCUCAAGUUCCAUUCAAAUCCGCACCAGGACUCUGGACUCAGCUAAAGCUUCACAAUGCUCAUUUUGAUUGUCAGUGGUUUUCAAUGAUAAUUCUCUGUGAAUGUUUGUGUUAGCUGUCCACACAUACAUGCUUUGAACAAAUAAACACUGCUUAGCAAUGAA